GGCGGCGCUGCGUGCAGGCCAAUGGGAAAGGACUGCCCUCUGCCCCGCCCAUUCACGGCGGAAGGCCAAUCCCUGGGGCGGGGCAGCGCAACUUUCGCCGUCUUCUUGUCUGCUGUCUAGAUCGGCCAUGAUUUCCCAGUUCUUCAUACUCUCCUCCAAGGGGGACCCGCUCAUCUACAAAGACUUCCGCGGGGACAGUGGCGGCUGGGACGUGGCCGAGCUCUUCUACCGGAAGCUGACGGGACUGCCAGGAGAUGAGUCCCCUGUUGUCAUGCACCACGAUGACCGUCAUUUCAUUCAUAUCAGACACAGUGGCCUCUAUUUGGUCGCCACGACUUCAGAAAACGUUUCUCCCUUCAGCUUCCUGGAACUGCUCUCUCGGCUAGCCACUCUCUUGGGCGAUUACUGUGGUUCCCUCAGUGAAGGUACCAUCUCCCGAAACGUGGCUCUUGUGUAUGAAAUCCUAGAUGAAGUGCUGGACUAUGGCUAUGUACAGACUACAUCCACGGAGAUGCUAAGGAACUUCAUCCAGACAGAAGCGGUGGUCAGCAAACCCUUCAGCCUCUUUGACCUCAGCAGUGUUGGCUUGUUUGGGGCUGAGACACAACAGAGCAAAGUGGCCCCCAGCAGUGCAGCCAGCCGUCCUGUCCUGACCAGUCGCUCUGACCAGGGUCAAAAGAAUGAAGUUUUUCUGGACGUGGUUGAGAGAUUGUCUGUACUGAUAGCAUCUAAUGGCUCACUGCUGAAGGUGGACGUGCAGGGAGAGAUCCGACUCAAAAGCUUCCUUCCCAGUGGCUCUGAGAUCCGUAUUGGCUUGACAGAAGAAUUUUGUGUGGGGAAGUCAGAACUGAGAGGCUAUGGGCCAGGAAUUCGGGUUGAUGAGGUCUCAUUUCAUAGCUCCGUGAAUCUGGAUGAGUUUGAGUCUCAUCGAAUCCUCCGUCUGCAGCCACCUCAGGGAGAGCUCACUGUAAUGCGAUACCAACUCUCUGAUGACCUCCCCUCCCCACUUCCUUUUUUUCCCUCUGUACAGUGGGACCGAGGCUCAGGCCGGCUACAGGUGUAUCUGAAGUUACGAUGUGAUCUGCCCCCGAAGAGCCAAGCACUCAACGUCAGGCUGCACCUUCCCCUGCCACGAGGGGUGGUCAGCCUGUCUCAGGAGCUGAGCAGCCCAGAGCAGAAGGCAGAGCUGGCAGAGGGAGCCCUUCACUGGGACCUACCUCGAGUACAAGGAGGCUCUCAACUCUCAGGCCUUUUCCAGAUGGAUGUCCCUGGCCUCCCGGGGCCUCCUGGUCAUGGGCCCUCCACCUCAGCAGCUCCUCUGGGGCUGGGGCCUGCAAGCCUCUCCUUCGAACUUCCUCGGCACACAUGCUCUGGCCUCCAGGUUCGCUUCCUCAGGCUUGCCUUCAGGCCCUGUGGCAAUGCCAACCCUCACAAGUGGGUGAGACACCUAAGCCACAGCGAUGCCUAUGUCAUUCGGAUCUGAGGUUCCUCAAAUGAGGCAGCAAAGGCAGCAGUCUAUCUCUCUGGAACAGGACAAUUUUCGUUUCUGGCUUUUUGGUCCAUGGCUCUAGAUCUGGGCUGUUAAGAGUCCUGAGCGACCAGGAGACCCGACAGACUCACUUUUUCCAUGGUAUUUGACACAGAAAGACUGAGGUAGAUCAGAAUUUAUAAAUCACCUUUUUAUUCUCAGGAA